AUGGUCGCCAUCGACUGGGAACGGGGCGAGUCGCAAGGCUUGGUCCCUCUACAGCCCGAACAUCAACUCUUUGUGUCUGUCUACGGACCAGAUCGCGUGCCCGGGACUCCAAUCGUUAUCUUCAUCCCAGGAGUAACCUGCAGCAUCACCGAAUGGGUCGUUGUCCGCCGUCUCCUCCAGCCAGAUGUUCGCACUCUCCUGUACGAGCGAUCGGGAAUGGGAGCAUCUGACGAGUCGCUCGAGCCUCCCACAGCAUCUGACAUGGCCCUCGAACUGGACACUCUACUCAAAGCACUGGCAAUUGCGCCACCUUAUGUUAUUGUGUGCCACUCAUACGGUGGGAUAAUUUCACGGGAAUUUUUCGAGUUAACCCAUAAGGACAAACGCGUUGAGGACGUGGUCGGGAUGGUCAUGGUGGAUGCGAAUCAAGAAGGGAGUACCACACUCUGGCCGGAUUCCAACCUUGAAGCAAUUGGACAGGGGCUGGACUGGAACACGGUGACGGGGCUCUCCAAAGCACGAGUCCUGACAAAUACCGAAUGGCAGGCUUUUCUGGAUGAACAAGCGAGCGAAAAGCAUCAGCGUACUGCAAAAAAGGAAAUGGUGCACUAUAUUGACAGUUGCGCGACGUUACGCGCAAAAUGCCAGUAUCCUCUGAGUGUUUUAAAAGGACACCCAGAGCUGGAUCUGCGCAAAGCCUUUGAAGCUGGUGUUCUGGCUGGAAAUGGAACUCUUGAGCAGAGGCGCCAGUUCUCCGAGAAGCUUGCGGCCUACCCUGUCAUUAAUGAGAAACUUCAAAGAGAGAACCUCGAUCUGUCUAAGAAUCACCGAUUUGUAGAUGUCGAGGGGCACGGUCAUUUUAUUCAUAUUACCGCACCAGAAACGGUCGUAAAUGAGGUCAAAUGGGUGUUACAAAACGUUUGA